AGUGACGUCAUCACCGUGCUUCACGGAAAUUGUUAUCGCCGUUCGCAGUCUUUUUACACAACAUUCGUGCUGUUGCUUGUAUCUAUGUGUUUAAUCGUCUUGUCUUCAAACAUCCACCAGCUUCCAGCGGCCUGUCGCAUUUCCCAGUCGUCUCUAGUGUUCCCGGUAAAGACUGCGGGGCUGCCUGGGCCGGCUGAAGCUAGCUAGUCGGCGGUAGUGAAGGCUGCGGGCUGUUGUCCCCGAGCUGGCGGUGCUGAGUGGCUUGUUGUCGGUGUGUGCAGGAGCUCCCGGCUGACGGUCAAUGGCCUGUACAUUAGAGAAGGUGCUGUGCGAUGCCCGGACCCUGCUGGAAAGGCUGAAGGAGCACGACACUGCGGCCGAGGGGCUGAUCGAGCAGUCCGGGGCCCUGAGCCAGAGGGUGCAGGGCAUGAGGGAGGUGGGGACUGCCCUCCCAGACAAGCACACGGAGGAGAAUGCAGAGAUUCAGGAGCUGACCAAAUACAAGCCUCACGUGCUUCUGACUCAGGAGAACACCCAGAUUAAAGAACUGCAGCAGGAGAAUAAAGAGCUAUGGUUGUCCCUUGAGGAGCACCAGUACGCACUGGAGUUGAUCAUGGGUCGCUACCGCAAGCAGAUGCUCCAGCUCAUGAUGGCAAAGAAGGAGCUGGACACCAAGCCUGUGCUCAGCCUCCACGAGGACCAUGCCAAAGAGGUGCAGAGCCAAGUGGAGCGGAUAUGUGAGAUGGGCCAAGUGAUGAGGAGAGCAGUUCAGGUGGAUGAUCAGCACUACUGCUCCGUGCGAGAGAGGCUGGCUCAACUGGAGAUUGAGAACAAGGAGCUGCGGGACCUCAUGACCAUCAGCAGGAGCUCGGUGAAGGCAGCUAGAGAUGAGAGCAGCCAGCAGCAGCACAACAACCACCACCUCCCCAGCAAGGCUCCAGUCAGUGAGCAGAGCAGCCUGUGAGCCGUGCUCGCAGCAGGACCACCACACAGGGUCUUCACCUCUGUUCCUCCACCUUUCUUUUCAACAUAAGCUGGGAUUCAGCCAAACCACAGCAUUGCAAUAUAUAUAUAUACUUUUUUUUUUUUUGCAGUACAGGCCACUUAAAUGUGUCAUUCUGGAGACUGGAAGCGUCUUCCUGCAGAUAUCUGAAUGAUAGCCGUUGUAGCCGAAGUUUUUCUACGUGUUUUAUGUGCCUGGAGUGAAUUCCAGCUAGACUAUGUCGAUUGACGAGGUGUAUAGCGCCAAAAAGAUAUUUCAACCGAAGUUAAGAAUAAAAAGCUAUGUUUCACACAGGAUAGGAUUUUUUUCAUUGUACUGAAGGGGUGGGAACAUUUUUUCCCCCAUUUUUUUUGGCCAGAGAAGCACACACUUGCUUUUAAGGACACAGUUUCUACCUCUUUGGUGUCCCUCUUCUGUUCACACGCACACACACACUCACACACACACUUGUGUAAAAUGCUCAUAAUCAGCCCUGCUGUGACUUCAGUAGAAGUCCAGUGGAAGCUCGGCUCUGAGUGUGCAUCAUUUUAAAGGAGAAGGUGGAAUGCAAGCCUUACACUCACUCUGGCACCAAGACGACUAUUGGCUGUUUGACAUCAAUAAGUCAGUCUCACUUGUCUGUUGAGGAGUGACAGUGGAUUAUUUUUUAUGUAAAUGUCUAUAAUUUUAUGUAUUUGAUACGUUUUGUGGAAAUCUGUUUGUAGAGUUCAUAUGUAACAUGUUUUCCAUGUUCAGUACUUUGAUAACGUGUGUCUAACACCAGUUUUCUAGUUUUCAGAUUUGGAUGCAGGGUAAUCGAGUAUCCCAACUGGUGACAUGUUUUUACUUAAUUUAUGGUAACCACAGUUUGCCAGAGUAUGCCAACUUUUUUUGUCGAAUAAAUAGCAAACAUUUGGGCACUGUAUGUAGUUUGAAGUUGUAAUGUCAUCUCAGGAAAUCAGUGUUGAUAAGGUGAACAUGCUGUAAUAAAUUCCAUGACACUAUAUUGAUUUGUGUCAAUUAAAUUUCAUUCAGAAACUUUAAAAUAAAAUUGCAUUAUGAA